AUGAACAUUGACGUCAGCGAGGGCGGGACCGAGCAGAGAGGGCAGGGGGAGGGAGGAGAGGGAGGGGAGGGCAGGGGGAGGGAGGGGAGGACACGUGACCAGGGGCUGGUGGAAUAUUUAAAGCAGCCGCCGCUGUCCCUGGUGCUGAAAUUCGCGCUGAGCCUCGGAGAAGCAACAGACACCGGAGAGACAAACUACACUGAGACUGCGGAGAGGGAAAGAGACCACCCGAGACUGCAAGAAACAAAAAUGUUUCAAGCUCCCCCUCUCCUCCUCACCCUUUCCCUUACCAUCCUACAUUCCCACUUCUAUAAUGCCGUUCCUAUUGGAGAGGAGCAGAGACACCAGGCAAUACAUCCGAAUCCCCACGACAGCUCUGCUUAUCCCUCUGAAGUUGUAGACCAUCAGGACGUAUCUUCACUUCCCAGAAGCCAACAUGACAACAGGGAGGGUAAUGAGGAGAGCGAGUCCACACAAAUGCAUCCUCCGAAUACGUCAGAUGAGGGAGAUGAAUUGUUUAAAGAUAUCAGUCCGAAGGCCUUGGCUGCUGUCUUGCUACAAGCCCUUAAUUCUGAUGGGGAAGAGCAGACCCCUUCAACCUUGGCAGAGAGAACUCCCUCAGAAGAUCACAAAGCACUGAAAGAUGAGAAAGAUGAUGGUCAGACAGAAAGAGUAAGGAGUAGAUCACAAAGUUUAGAGAAAGAGGAGGGCAUUAGAGAAGAUGCAAAAAUGGGGGACGAAGAAGACUUAGAGAGUGUGAAGUCAUUGUUGCAAGAGCUGGAGAGCUUCCAGCCUCCACCUAAACCAGAGCAAACUGAACAGAAUACAAUCCCUGUAAACGAUGACUUAGAAGAGCUAAAGGAGCUUCUAGGUAUAGGUAAUGAAAUAGAAGAAGAAAAAAGGACCCCAAUCCAACCUGACUCAGAAUCAUCCAGGAGGUGGGACGGAGAAGAAGAAAGUGAGAAUCUAGCUGGUGUUGCUCAAGACCUUCUGCUACAAUAUGUCCUGAAUGGUGGUGGAGAUGAAGGAGAGCAGGAUGAGGAAGAGAAGAACCAAGAUGAGGAAGAAGGUGAAGAAGCAGAUGAUUACCAAGGAGGAGACUUUGCUGGAGGUCAGAAGUCUAUGUUGGAAGAUGAGGAAGAUGCGAAUGUCCAAGAGAAAAGAUCAAAUGAUGAUGACGAUGAUGAGGUUGAUCCCCAAACCAUUGACAAGCUGAUUGAGCUCUCUAGUCGCCUGCAUCUUCCAGCUGAUGAUGUUGUUGAUAUCAUAACUGAUGUUGAAAAGAGGAGAAGGAGAAGGAUGAAAAAGAAGAAGGCAAGAGAUGAUUAUCCUGGAAGGAAGGAACGGACAAGAGCCCCACCACAAUCUUGGGACACCCCAAAACCUGCCUAUUAUCCCAGGAGAAGGCUGGAGCAAGAGCCAGUCUGGAAUAAAGUGCAAGAUCCAGUCUGGAACAGGGUUCAAGAACCAAUCUGGAGUAAGAAAAAGGAGCCAAGGUGGAACAACUGGGCAGAGCCAAGAUGGAAUAAAGUGCAACAACCAAGCUGGAAUAAAGUGCAACAACCAAGCUGGAAUAAAGUGCAGCAACCAAGCUGGAAUAAAGUACAGCAACCAAACUGGAAAAAGAUGCAAGAUCCAAGCUGGAAUAAGGUGCAACAGCCAAGCUGGAACAAGGUGCAAGAGCCAAGCUGGAACAAGGUGCAAGAGCCAAGCUGGAACAAGGUGCAAGAGCCAAGCUGGAACAAAGUGCAAGAUUUAAACUGGAACAAGGUGCCAGAUUCCAGCUGGAAUGAAAUAGAAAAGCCAAGCUGGAAUAAGAUACAAAAAUCAAGUUGGGAUAAUAUGCAAGACUCAAGCUGGAAUAAGGUGAAACAGCCAAGCUGGAGAAAAGUUAUGGAGCCACCUCCCCGUAGAUAUCGCACACGCCCUGCCUCAUUCCCAAACUAUAUGCGUCCCAGGGCUUUUCAGUCUCCUCCGCGAUAUUACUAUAAACCUCCUCCCCCUCAGAUUGAUGAUUACUUUGAUGAAGACAAGGAUAGGCAGGAGGAGAUGGAGAACUACAUUGAAAGGCUCCUGCUGACCCAUCCUGAGGUCUUCCAGUGAUUUGUCCCAAAUUGUAGUCCCAUAGAACACAACUCAACAACUCAACCCAGCUAUUGAUCCAACUCAACUACAUUGAACAUGACUCAACUGAGCAAGAUAUUUCUUUCUCCAAACUAGUCAGUUGCAUCCCGUUCUGCCCAACUCAAGUGAUCUUAUGCCCACCUCAAUAUAUAUAUAUAUAUAUACAGUGCCUGAAAAUGUCUGUGCACCAUCAAACUUGCCCUCGGUGAUACCACCAUAACAAACCCUACAAGCCCGACAACAACACUGAAAAGACUGCACGGACACUAAAAACACCACCUUAAGAGACACGAAACAGCAGAACAAAACACCUGGAUCACUUAAACACCUGUGUUUUUCAGAUUCUCCUGUGAUAAAUCUAAGAACUUUCUUUUUCUGAAGAUCUGGUGCAGUUUUGGGCAACUACGUGCUCCGGGCAGAUAUUACUUAUCGCAGUCAAUAUGCAGUAGUUCCUAACAGAACGGUUCAAAUUCCAAUUUCCCUAAGUUAACUACACCAAAUCUAGGCCCUUCCUACUCCAUAAAUAUAUCUAUUAAAUAAUGAUAUACAUAAUAAGAGUAAUUUGCACUAAAGAGGUUUCGCUUUAGGACGUCCAGAAUCGCCCGUAUUGUUGAGACCUCUUUAAAGGAGAAGUUCACUUUAACAACAUUUUUAGUAUUUUUUUGAUUGAAGUUGGAGCCAGUCAGACUUUUUUUUGACUUAAUUGUCUUUUGUUUUCUGCCUUUCUCUCUCUGACUGAAACAUAAAAUGCCAUCUGGUUGCUAAUGUCAAUAGGGGUAAUUUAUGAAGACCCUGGGCACUAGAGUUUUUGCAGGGCAGGUUACACAAUCCAUUGCAAGACACCAACCCAUCUAUAGGGUAGGUGGUAAGUACAUGGUCCUGUCACAGCCUGUGUCCACCGCCACUCUCUAACGUGCACAAAUUAGGGGGCAUUGUUGCAUGCCAAUGUGCCUUUCCCCACGUGCCCCCAGCUAUGCCAAACGCAGGCAGUCCUGUCGUCAUGGGGGCGGCUGUAGGUCUCUGUGCUCCAUUUUGGCACUUAUUUAGAAUAGAAGAUAGAGUGCAACAUGCAAAACCACUGUGGACUGUGCCUAAUUUUUGCACCUUCUACCUUCCACUUCGUAAAUUAAAGUCCCCAUACAUGGGCCGAUUCUAGCUGCCGAUAUCGGUCCCCUUAGGGAUAUCGGUCCCUUAGAAAACCUAAUCGGAUCAGGGACUGCAUCGGCUCGUUGAUGCAGUCCCCGGACCGACUUCACCUAUACCCAUCAUUAUAAUUCGAUCGCUUGGCCCCAGGGCCAAAUGAUCGAAUUAGCCUGGAUUCUCCCGAUAUCGCCCACCCGUAGGUGGGGGAUAUCGGGAGAAAAUCCGCUCGUUUGGCGACAUUGCCAAGCGAGCGGAUCUGAAGGUGUAUGGGCACCUUUACCCCUAAUGUGCUUGGCAACUGGAAUUCCGAUGGGUUGUUAGGGUCAUUUGUUUAUUGUUAAUUUUAUUUUUAUUCAGAGCCCCUUGAACAACGCUGACAUUCAAACCAAUGCCUGGUAAAUGGUGUCAGUAAAUCCAGCACUUUAAAUUCCAGAUUCCGAAGAACAAAGACCACAAAAUCCAAAAACCCACACGAAGAAAUAAAAAAACGACUAACCGCAAUUCGUUUUUUGUUGAUAUCAUACUAAAAAUGAAUCUUAAAGUGAACUCCUCCUCGAAAUCGUCAGUUGACGGACAGGAGCGACAGAUCACGACAAGUGGCCGCUUUCUCCCGCAACUGGGGGUUUACUAUUAACGAUACUGUUGCAACCGGGUGAGACGGCAGUACCCCUGUCCGCUCGCUCUCUUUUUGAGCACAAUCUUUGUAAUUAUACCCAAAAACCACAAAAAAAAAGAAAAAAAAAACGAUUUGAAAGAAUCUCUGUAUUUGGGGGGGGUACAUGCCCCCUACUGGGCCCUCAAACUCCUGCCUGACAUUGCCUCCUGGAUUCACUCAGUUUGCAUGUUCCCCCUUCCCCUUCAGUGUCUUGGCUGCUGUGGCCCUCUCUGUGAUGCUGUCGAUGUUACCUUGCUAAUAAAGAGCUUUCUCUCCUCUCCUGUUUGUACAUAUCACAUAAAUACUUUUUGCUAAGAAAAUAAAGCUGACUAUUUUAUUAUGA